UUUGCUUAAAAAAACACAUUUAUUUAUUUACAUGAUUAUUCGACAAUGGAAAACAAAUUCUGAAACCAGACUUUUUCGUCCUUCUUCGUCUCUCUCUCUCUCUCUCUCUCUCUCUCUCUCUCUCAAACCACUUCACAUGCAUCAGUCAAGUUGGACCCUUGGCAAGCAUGACGGGUUUCGUUCAUGAUUUACUUAGCUGAGGGUUUGUGUUGGUACCCUUGAAGGCUUUUGAUUCGUGGCUGGCGAGUUUCUUGGCUUUUGCGUAUUUCCUUUGAAGAGUUUGUUUGAUCCUUUAGCCGAAUCUUCAUUGCUUUUGUUUGAGACAAGACUUGAAAGACUUCAGUUUGUUUGUUUGAUUUUUAUAACAACGGGAUAUUGGUGCUUUUCCGAGAUCAAGUUAACAUCCGAGGGCCAAAAAGAGAGAGGCAAAAUCGAAGCAAUUAAUUUUUAUGAUUUGCGGUUCUGGCAUUUGAGUGGCAUUGAUUGUGAGCUAAUACGGGAUAUAUUUAUUGCACCACUCUGCAAUGGAUUCAAUUCAAAAUAAGGUUCACUACUGUUGUGUUGCUAAAGGUAACCAAAUCUUGUAUGCGUAUAGUGGUGGAGGUGAAGAAGCUGAGAAAGUCGCAGCCUUGUGCUUGGAGGCGGCUCCUCCUUUCCACAGGUGGUAUUUUGAGACAAUAUGUAAAAAAACUUAUGGGCUUCUAAUGGAAGAUGGAUAUGUUUACUUCACGAUUGUAGAUGAAGGUCUUGGUAGCUCGGUAGUUCUUCGGUUUUUAGAACAUGUUAGAGAUGAAUUCAGAAAGGUAGCUAGAAAAGGUUCAAGGGGAUUUUCGUCGAACAUGAAUUCGGUAUACGUUCAAGAGAAACUGGUUCCUGUCAUCCGGAAUCUGAUCACUUCUCUAGAGAAUGUCUCACAUAAUUGGAGAGACGAAACUUCCUCGUCUGGUCCGUCUCCAUCACCAAGUAAUUUGAAUGGACAAAUUGAAAGUGCUGUUUCAACAAAAGCCCCGUUAUUGGGAAAAUCUAGCAAGCCAGAGAAGAAGAAAGUAAAGGAUCAUGUGAUUGCAAUGAGAGAUGUUGAGUUAGAGGAGCAUCGAAAAUCUACGGAUAAAGGAACAAGGGCUGAUUCAGGAAAUUUGGACGGUAUUAGCCAAGGUGGCGCAGGUGCAUCUUCUUCUUUGCAAAAGGAUUCUGGUUCGAUGAGGAUGAGGUCGGGCCCUCAAAAUGUUCGUAAGAAAUGGUGGCGCCAAGUGCGGAUUGUUCUAGCUAUUGAUGCAGCUAUAUGUAUAAUAUUAUUCGUCAUCUGGUUAGUAAUAUGUCGUGGUAUAUCAUGCAUUCGAUAGAAUCCAAUCCUCUUAUGUGACUGAAUUUGAUCGUUAUCAUAUUUUGGAAGUUGAGAUUAUCUGCUCCUGAUCUGAUCAACAAUAGAAAUUAGUUUCUUUAGUGGAGCAUGUAGUUGGAAGUUUUGUCUUGUUAUUUAAGAUAUAUAUUUAGGCAUGUGUUUCGGGUUAUUCAUACAUGAGCUUUUUAAUUAUAGAAGUUUAUGUACAGUUUCGUUACUUUUAAACAUCCGUACUUGUAUAUGAAUUUUGGGAAGAUUUUAAAGAUUUGGUCUGUUUCUAUAUUUUUCA